GUCUAUGACUACAUUGUGGUGGGCGCCGGCUCUGCGGGCUGUGUCAUUGCCAAUCGCCUGUCGGAGAACCCGCGGGUGAAGGUGCUGCUUCUGGAGGCGGGCGGCUCGGAAAGCGCCGUCACCGACGUGCCGCAGGGCAUCUUCCUCAUCCAGCAGACGCCCAUCGACUGGCAGUACCGGACGGUGCCGCAGAAGCGGUCCUGCUUUGGCAUUGAAGGUCGCAGUCUGAACUGGCCCCGCGGCAAGGUUCUGGGCGGCUCCAGCACGCUCAACUACAUGCUGUACAUUCGGGGCAAUCGACAGGACUACAACAACUGGGAGCGCAGCGGCGCCGCCGGCUGGAGCUACGAGGACGUCCUGCCGUACUUCAUCAAGGCGGAGGACAAUCGCGACCCGGAUGUCGCCUUCAACGGAUACCACGGACGCGGCGGCCCACUUACCGUUCAGCGGUCCACCUGGGUGGGCAAACUGGCGUACGCCUUUCUCGAGGCCGGGCAGCUUUUUGGCUACCCGGUGCUGGACGCCAAUGGGCCCGACCAGAACGGCUUUCUCAUUCCGCAGUCGACCAUUCGCCGCGGUGGCCGGUGCUCCACCGCCAAGGCCUACCUCUACAGCGUCCGCGACCGAAGCAACCUCCACGUGGUCACCUUUGCGCACGUCACCAAGGUGCUCUUCAAUCAGUACCGCGAGGCGAUUGGCGUCGUUUUUGACCGCUUCGGCAGCCGCCACAAGGUCUUUGCCCGCAAGGAGGUCAUCCUCUCGGCGGGCAGCAUCAACUCGCCGCAGCUGUUGAUGCUCAGUGGCAUCGGGCCUCGAGCUGACCUGAAUCGCAUCGGCGUGCCGGUCAUUGCCGACCUGCCCGUAGGCAAGAACCUCCAGGACCACAUCUUCCCCUACGGACUGAACUUCGUGGCGACGGCUAAGCGACCGAAGGGCGAGUUCUGGACGCACAUUGAGGCACGGGUGCACACUCUGCCCAAUCUCAUCUCCAACAUUGCCAUGGGCCGGGGGCCGAUCUCCAGCAACGGCGGCCUCGACGCGAUGGGCUUUGUGCGCACCUCCUACGCCAAUCGGACGCUGCCCGAUCUGCCCGACUACCAGAUUAACUUUCUCUCCGGCUGUCUCUCUUCAGAUGACGGCUGGCGCUUCCCCAAGGUAGUCGGCCUGACGGAGGAGAUGUGGCAGAAGGUCUUCAAGCCCUUUGUGCGCACCGAGUGCUACACCGUCCUGCCGGUGCUGCUGAAGCCUCGCAGCAGCGGCUACCUGACGCUGCGCAGUCGCAAUCCCUACGACAAGCCGCUCAUUGACCCCAACUACUUUGCCCACCCCGACGACCUGGAGUCGAUGGCCGAGGCGAUGACGCUUUCCUAUAUGCUCGCCACGGCGGCGCCCUUUCGACAGCGCUACAAAGCGGUGCCCAGCAAACUGGUGGUGCCCGGCUGUGAGCGACACGCCCUCUACAGCCACGAGUACAUGAAGUGCAUGGCGCAGACGCUGACUGCCACCAUCUACCACCCAGUGGGCACCUGCAAGAUGGGCCGAGCGGACGACCCCACCACCGUCGUCGAUUCGGAGCUGCGGGUGAAGGGCGUCCGCCGACUGCGCGUCGCCGACGGCUCCAUCAUGCCGGAAAUUGUCAGCGGCAACACCAACGCCCCCAUCAUCAUGAUAGGUGAGAAGGCGGCAGAUAUGAUCAAGGGCAUCCGGCGCAGUAGCAAGAUUCACCUCAACCAGUACAUUAACCUCUACUCCAACUCGGUCUACUGA